AUGUCCACUUCAAUUAGCACUGUGGCUUGGAUCGGGACUGGGAACAAUGGCAAACCACUUCUUGAUAUUGUGGCUGCUUCGGGAAAGUUCAAAAUCACGCUUCUUGUCCGCAAGCCGCCAGUAAAGUACACAAAUAUCGUCCCCGACUCUGUGACGGUCAAGCAGGUUGAUUUCCAAUCUCAUGCCUCUCUUGUGGCCGCUUUCCGAGGCAUUGACGCCGUAGUUAGCGUCAUGACAUUUGGUCCACAGUCAGGCAUAGACGUGGUAGAGAUAUGA